UAUGCUGCGGAACUAGAAUAACUGGAUCCUGGUUGAAUUGCCAUUCAGUUUGCCGAUUCAAAUACAGUAAGGGUCCCAGGUAAAACAGAAAAUGUCACGAAGAAAGUUGCACAAAUGGUCUAUCGAUUUUACUGGAAUUGGUAGACCAAAAGGAGAAAAAGCACUGGUUCAGUUAAACACAGAUUUAAGGAAACCAAUGGGAUACAAUGAAGAUGCAACAGUAGCCAGACAUGAUGACAAGGAGGAUAGUCCUGAUACACAGAAACUUAUUGAUAAAAGAUCUUGGGAUAUUGCACUAGGACCUCUCAAACAGAUCCCUAUGAACUUUUUCAUCAUGUGGAUGGCAGGAAAUUCUAUUUCAAUAUUUCCUAUUAUGAUGGUUGGGAUGAUGUUUUUUCGACCUUUUCAAGCUUUGAUAAGUAUUCAGGCUACAUUUGGUACAAUAGAAGGAAGCAGCUCAUAUCUUCAGAAAGCUGUAUAUAUCUUGGGAAAUAUUGUUUGCCUGGUAUUGGCUGUUUAUAAAUGUCAAGUGAUGGGAAUUUUACCUACACAUUCAUCUGAUUGGCUAGCAUUUGUAGAGGCCCAGCAUAGAAUGGAAUGGUCAGGUGGCGGAGCAGCAUUAUAACAGAUUUAAUGUGUUCAUUUUACAGACUUGUGGUUGCAACAGGAAGAGAUAGAACUAUCAUUUGAAACAAUUUUGUCCAAUGUGGUAGAAUAAUGUCCAAACUACACCUCAACAAAAUAUUGAAAUUCUACAAAAAAAAUAUAAAAAGAAAGAAAAAGAAAAAAAUACAAUUCCUGACAAUAUUUUCACAACCAGAAAUUAAAUCUAGAUAAUGUACAAGUGCAAUAAAUAUUUGUUCCCUUUUUAAAACAAAAAUAUGAACAUGCUUAUAAAAAGAGGUGUUAUAACAUAUAAAAAAUGAAAAGAAUGAAUUAUUUGUACUGAAACAUUGUAUAUUAAAUGUCAAGUGCUCUAGUACUUGUCUCUGA